UUGGCAUUUGAGCUCCGAAAAAAGACAUGGGAAGCUGCACAAUUAUUUUUUAGUAUAUAUUUUUUUUAUCAUAACUGAAAGCCGUUCUGAUGAAUUAAAAUUAUUUAAUCAUUAAUCAAUACAAUUAUGAAUACAAACCAGAACAAUUAUUUAAUUAAUUCGUGUCAAUACACUCCUGUUUAUUUGGCGCAGAAUACUGGCGCCAUUCAGGGACAAUCGUAUAUAGUUGCUCAAGGAAAAAUAGAAGAGGCAAAACCACUAACUAAUAACCUGAAAAGAUUCUACGAAAAUAGCGGCAUCUUUGACAACAAUAUCCCGAAAAUUUCGAAGCCUAGAAUACUAAAAAAACAAGAAAUCAAAUCAGUAGGAAACAAUUUGAAGCUAGCUAAUUUUCUUGUACCAAAAUCAGUCGAGAGUAAUUUGCAAGAUAACCUCAGUAAACAAUGCUUCACUACAAACAAUGUCUUAAAACAUUCUUUGAUCCCUGUAAAUGUUGUGAAUACCGUUCCGAAAGCUGUAGACGGGAAAAUUGUGAAAAUCAAAAACUUUCCUAGUGAACUGAAACCCAAACAAAACAAACUAGUGACAAAGAAUAAUAAACCCAAAGAAAAAUCUUCAAUUUCUAAUCCUAUCAAACAUACCUCUGUGCAAUUACUCAAGCUUGGUGAGACAUACCACAGUCUCAACCAAUUAAGUGAUGAACAAAUGAAAAUGGUAAAUCAAGCUUUGAAGAUAUUUAAUAAUCCCAAUAAAACUGCAAAGUCGGACGCGACAUAUGAUCCAAUAACAAAUACUCGCUUCAUUUAUAAAGUUGUAUCACCCAAAGAGAUAAACGCAGUUGGCAAAAACAAAAUUGUAAUCAAUAACAGAAAAGAUGAAGUAAAAAUGGAAUUAAAAAUAGUUCAGAAAAAAGAAUUGAAGCUUGAGCAGUUGCCAAUAAAAGAAGAAAUACUUGAUGAAGAAUCAUACCCACCUGUUGAAGUGAAGGUAACCAGAAGCGGUAGAAAAGUCAAAUCUCCAAAACAAAUGGAACCUGAAAAUACAACACACAAACCUAAAAAGAAAGCAGGUUCAUUAGUGUCUUGCUUCCAAUGUUCAACUGAGUUCUGCAGUUUAUAUCGCUUACAGAAACAUUAUGAAAUCCAUCCUACACAUAUUCCAGCCAAAAUACAUUCUAACCUUUUUCACUGCUUGCUGGCCAUCAUCAAAGGUGCUUCUGAAGAAGACAGAAGUAAUAUAUUGAUCGAACAGUUACAGCAGCUGGUUGAUAAGCUCAGAUCAUUACUGCCUUGUCUAUUUAAAGAAAAUGAUGGCAGUAAAGGGAAUGGUUGCACAAUCAAUGAUGAUAUUGGCAGGUUGUUAGGUAUAAAUCCAGGAAAGUACAAUAUAAAUGUGGAUGCUCUCACCUGUGUCAAAGACAAAGAUGGAAAUUGCAGGCACAAUCCUCCCAAAAGUAAUCAGGUCAAUUCUGUUCCUAGCGCAACUGGCCAGGUAUUGUUUACAAUAAAUAAUGAAAAUGUUGAAUUAGAAAAUAAGGCUGAAGACUCCACUGCAACGAAUCUAGUUAAUAAACGACUCACGACUCAGAAGAGGUUUUGGAAUAGUAACCAACAAGAGAAGCAACGGUUUAAUGCCAAAAAAAGGAGAGAAGACUCAGAAAGUUCCGAAUUAAUUAAUGAUGUGGGAACACAUGAUUUACUUCAUUUCAACCAUGAUCAAAGUGCAAUAAAUGAGCAACCAAAUUCUAUAGUAAAUAAUUCUAUAGGUAAUAAUUUAGAUAAGGAGAACCCUUUACAACAACCAACAGUUAAUGAAAAUCUUAAUAAUAUCAUUAAGUUGGUUGAUUCAAGUAAAUCAUGUAUAAGUAGUGGCACGCAUACUCAAUUUCAUAGCGCACAUUUUGAUAUAAGAUCAUCUCCCAUUAAACCGUCGACAGGUGUUUUCCGUAAAUUCCAAAUAAAUCCAGAGAAACUUGCAAAGUAUGACGUACAAAUAAUUCGUCCCUUGGAAUUAGAAAAUGGUCAAACUGAGAUUUCAGAAGAAAGCAGCACGAUGCUUUCAAUACCUCGCGAAAAUGAUACUUCAGAUCUACAAAGUAUAUUUACAGAUGAUCUUAAUAUUCAGCUUUCGCAAAGCAAGGACUCUUGUGUUGGGAUCCCUCCUGAAUUAACUUUUGAUGUCAGCAAAGAUUGGAUUAUUCAACCAAUUAAUGAUAAAUCGAUUGAAAGCUUUAAAACAAGCGGUUUGAUUGAACCAUCUUUACUACAUGAAAAUACAAUAGAUAAUUUAUCAACAGGGAAUAUUAUAUCUGAUACAAACAAUCAAAUAAGAGAAAAUGAUAGCCAAAAUUCUUCAGUUUUGAACUUUUUGGAAUCCCUAGGCAACGAGUGCCUAAUUUAUCCUGAGACUGAAAUUACAAGCAAUCCAAAUGAAAAUGUGGACUUUCAGUUAGAUUUAUUUUCAUUUAAUAAUACUUAGUAGGAAUAUUAUAUAAAUAAUUAGAUCAAUUAAAUAAAUAAGUACUUAUUAAAAUACUUUUAUUUUGUUGAAAAUUGCUAAAAUAAAGAUUAAGAUAAAGCCAAAUCGACGGAUUUGGCUUACCGUAAUUUUAUAGCAGAAAGGUUGUAUUUACAGAAGUAAUUUUGCAAAAUCUCAAACCGCGGAGCCUCGUUCGUUUUUAGAAAAAUAAUAUUUAUUUUUAUAUUUAUGUAAUAGAUGUACUUCAUUUAUUUUUGAAUGUUUUUUAAGUACGAUUCGAAUAAGAAUAGGAAAGCCAAUGAC